AUGGAAGAGGCCCCCCUGCUCGGAGGAAUGUCCAGUCCCGAGGAUGAGAUCGUGCCAGACCUGUUCAGCGCAGAGAGUCGGUUUGUUUCCGAAAACAUUCAGCUGAAAGGCCCGAUGGUGGUGAAGGCCGAGGAAGACGAGUUCCACGUGUUUCCGGACGCGUACCUGAGCCCCGCAGACCCCAAAGAGCCCCUCCUGCAUGCAUUCAACCCCCCGCUGAACGUGGACUGCAAGAAUAAAGUCAAAGUCGAGCUCCUGGUGGAUGAAAACGAGGAGGAAAUCCUCGGGGAGUAUCCGAGUCUCCCUGAGCUCAACCCGCUGGAGGACGCCGUCCUUCCCGCUGCCCCUCCGCCACCGCCGCCCGCCUACAACGUGCACUUCCUGUCCUCACUGCUGACUCCGCACAGGAGCCCUGCCGUCGUGCCCCUGGGCACCUGGGCCCGGGAAGGAGCCGCCCACCCCGGGGUCCGGGUGAUUCCGGUUGAACUCAAGGAAGGUGGUGGCACUAUUACCAGUAACAACGCAGAGGAAGCAACUUUCCAGACCCCUCCGGCCCAGGAAUCCUCUUGCAAGUUCCCGUCAUCACAAGAAGCAGAGGAUGCCUCCGGCUGCUCUCACAAGAAGGACAAUAACCCAAUGGUGAUAUGUCAGCUGAAAGGGGGUACGCAGAUGCUGUGUAUCGACAAUUCUGGCACAAGAGAACUGAAAGCACUUCAUCUGGUUCCUCAGUAUCAAGACCAAAAUAACUAUCUACAGUCAGAUGUCCCUAAACCAAUGACUACUUUAGUAGGAAGAUUUUUGCCAGUACCAGCAAAAUUAAAUCUCAUUACACAACAACUGGACACCGGGGCCUUACCACCCACGGUCGGUGCAUCUGCCUUCCCCUCCGGACCCACCCUUCCGGGACCGCCCAAAAUGACAUUGGCUGGGUACUGCGACUGCUUCGCUAGCGGGGACGUCUGCAACAACUGCAACUGCAACAACUGCUGCAACAAUUUACGCCAUGAAAUCGAACGCUUUAAGGCCAUUAAGGCCUGUCUUGACAGAAAUCCAGAAGCUUUCCAGCCAAAAAUCGGGCCGGGGAGCCUGGGGGACGCGAAGCCGCGGCACAACAGAGGCUGUAACUGCAAGCGCUCGGGCUGCCUCAAGAACUACUGCGAGUGCUACGAGGCCAAAAUCAUGUGCUCUUCUAUUUGCAAAUGCAUUGGUUGCAAAAAUUAUGAAGAAAGCCCAGAACGGAAAACACUCAUGACCAUGCCGAACAAUAUGGAAGCUGGAGGUUUUGAGGGCGGCCAUCAUUUGUCGCCCACUAAAUUUGCAGGACUGCCCAAAUUCAGGAAGGAAAGGUGGCCCUCGUCGUGCAUCUCGCGGGAGGUGGUGGAGGCCGCGUGCGCCUGUCUGCUGGCGCAGGGGGAGGAGGCCGAGAAGGAGCGCUGCUCGGAGUGCCUGGCCGAGCAGAUGAUCUUGGAGGAGUUCGGCAGAUGCCUGUCGCAGAUCCUGCACAUUGAGUUUAAGUCCAAGGGGCUGAAAGUCGAGUAG